GAGAAUCUGUACAUCAGAGGAGAUGAUGAAUUAGUUGAAGGCGACAUGAAGUUUUUGCCAGGCUUAUCAAGAGGUUCAGUUUCUACGCGACUUUGGCCCAAUGGAGUGUUUGUCUAUGAUAUUGAAUCGUCAUUAGGUGGGUAAGGUGAACUGCAAAAGGGAUAAUGCCAUGCUUUCGUAUUUGCAUGAAAAUCCAUAAAAGACAUGACAAGCUAAUAUUCCAAACUGUAGAAGAUUGCGUUCGACAAAGGAGAACGCAUACAAAUAUAGAACUAAUCACGAAGUUUCGUAAUAUUUCUAUACAGUAAAGAAAACUAAUAACACCAUUAAGAAUCCUCUUUUACAAUUUUUCAAGGGCCACUUAGGACACUGAGACGUACUUGCAGUUUGGUCAUUGUACUGUAUUCACGGUGGUGCUCAUUGAUUACAAUCAAUCAGAAGAAUUUUUCCAAGGGUGACAAAUUAAAUACCUGAGAGAAAAUCAAACGUUUUGGUGAUAACUAAAUCGGUACAUUUGAAUCCUACGCAGAAAAAAAUUGUUCUUUCAAUCAAUAAUACUCUUUUUUUAAUCAUUAAAUCUGUUUAUUUUAAUAUUUACUCUUUUUAGAUGACCCUACGGCAAAAUCGCAGAUCGCAGCUGCGAUGAACGACUGGACCACCCGUACGAAAGGUUGUAUAACAUUCAAAAAAAGAACCAAUGAAGCCGCCUAUGUGUCCAUGUUCAGGGGGAGCGGGUAGGUUUACUCCAUUUACAAGUAACAAAACAGUGUUAUGACGCGCAUUUGCUUUCACAUCACUCUACUGACGUUUUCGAUAAAUUCAAUUGUCUUUCAAUUUCACACUGGAGUGUGGCAAUCAUUAUUUUUUCUGGAUGAAUCAUUAAUUUCAAUUAGAAAGUUUAUUUUUAACUUUUAUGGCAAAUAUGAUUUUAAUGCUGGUUACUCGAGGUAAGAUGUCUAAGACGUCGUCUUCCUGUAUCAUUAUUUUUCCUAUUUACUUGAAACGUAGAGUUUUUGUAAACAAUUGCUUUCAAAUUUGUUUGUCAUAAAUAAACUUCGAUUUUUGGGCCAAAUUUUCUUGUUAGAAAACUCUGAGUUCACGAAACGGCUUCUUCUACACCAAUAAACGGGAUUUUUAAACAAUCCAUCGAGCACAAAACUCAGCCACAGUAAAUGGAAAAACGCCGUUUUAAAUCCUUCCAAGUUUUUUCUUGCCUUAAAAAAAAGUCAACCCUAGGAUUUUGUCGACUUUCAAAAGAUCGUUCUCUAAAAAAUGGGAUUAUAUUAUAUUAUAUUAUAUUGUAUUAUAUUAUUAAUAUUGUAUUAAAUUAUAUUAUAUUAGAUUAGAUUAGAUUAGAUUAGAUUAGAUUACACUAUAUUAUAUUAUAUUUUAUUUUAUUGUUAUUAUUUUUCACGAUUACCAAAAAACGUCUCGGAAGAUCUUGUGUUCCAACUACAAAAAAAAAACUUAAAUGAGCACAAAUUUUGUUAUAGAACAUAGAAAUAGGGAACAGAUUGCGUGAUUAAAGAACGAGAAACCCUCACGCGAUACUGGCCAAAAUGUAAACAAGAUCCCAUGACGAAUUCACCCAGUAUGUUUCAUGUCAGAGACUAGCAUUACUGGGCAGGCCGAGUCAAGCCACCAUAAUGGGACCUUGGCUUGACCCUAUACCAUUAAUUAACGUUCCGCGCGGCUUGCAUGUUAACCGAGAAAGCUACAAAGGGACCUGUACGUGGAGAUCUAGACGCUUAACCCAGUUGUACCAUUUUAAUUGGGUUUUUUGUACCAAACAGCUGUUGGUCGUAUGUUGGAAGAACUGGCAGCAAACAACAGUUAUCACUUGCUAGAGGCUGUUGGGGAAAAGGAACAAUUAUUCACGAAAUCGGUGAGAUUUAAGAAGCUUUCGUUUUCUCCAUUCAAAAAUCAUAUGAAGCAGAUGACGGUUAUCGUGACUUUGAUAUGAACCCCGGUAUGAACACAACCAGAACAAUACAUAUAACAGUCAUUCUCUGAGAUGUUUAAUAUUUGAAUUUCGCAAGACUGGCUUGUCUUGUUCUGAUUGAUCGACUGAUGGACACAGAUCUAAAAUGCGUUUUGAAUUUCUGUGCCUUUACGUUAAUGCUUGGAAACACUCUGGAAAAGGAGAACAGGUCGUGCAUCUUGCCAUAUUUUUUACUGAUUAUAGUUGUCUUCUUGCUGACAGGAAGAUUCUAAUUACUAAUUACAUUCUAAUCAUCUCUUCAGGCCAUGCCCUUGGAUUUCUUCACGAGCAAUCUCGACCUGACAGAGACAACUACGUUGAAAUCAAGUUUGAGAACAUACAAUCCGGUAAGGUUUAUUGUCCCUUUAGGCUGCGUGCAAACGGAUGCAUCAUUGUUGACCAACAACUCCCAACAUUAUUGGAUGUUACAUGUUGCGUCCGUUUGCAUACCCUGUUGCUUUUUGUUGGAUGUUGUUGCGCGUUGUUGCGCAAAGUUUGAAACCGGUCAAACUGUACUCUUAGCCUCGUGCAAACGGACGCAACAUUGUUGGCUUACAACUCCCAACACUGUUGGGGCUUGUUGAGCCCGUUUGCACGUAGCCUUACACUGUAACUGUUCUGCUUAUUUAUUGUAGUCCGAUUAAAAUUAAUAACAUGCUACAACAGCGCAUUUUUUUGUCACAAACUUGACGCAACUUGCAUGGUCAAAAGUAACCGUUAAAGUGUAUACAGAUAAAGACAUGGGGCUUAAAGAUUCACUAAGAUUAAUAACAGUAAGGACCGUCAGGCAUUGUCUCCCCUGUAGCUACAGCUAGUUAACUAUCUCAGUCCCACUGGUCAAUUUCAGUGAGGGCCUUGACAUUUUCGGUGUUCCUGUCGUGAAGGCUUCGUAUCUGUCACCAUACGUCUGACGAAAAUCAGUAUGAAGUUGAAGAAGAUGUACUAGAUUCCUCUCAGGCAAUAGACCUUACUCACGAUGCCUUUCAUUUUCGCACGCGCUUUUAAAAGGACUGAUGGAUGGGCCAAAAUUAACGAUGUCACGUGGUUUUUAAGACGGCUAUCAAAUCAAGUAUCAGUCAAUGCAAGAAAUAGUGGUCGAGUUUGUUUAUCUGAGACAACAGAAAAUGAAGAACGUUUUAUCUUAACCCUAUUCAGACAGAGGGGCCCUCGCUAAAAAGUUGAAUAACUUCAAAACCGUUCAAGCUAAGACCACCCAUCUUAGCGACUACCUAAAAUUUAUCUGAGAACAUAUAAAGUCGUGGUGACGUGUACGAUAACAUAGAAAUCAAGUUUGAGAACAUACAAUCCGGUAAGGUUUAUUGUCCCUUUAGGCUGCGUGCAAACGGAUGCAUCAUUGUUGACCAACAACUCCCAACAUUAUUGGAUGUUAUAUGUUGCGUCCGUUUGCAUACCCUGUUGCUUGUUGUUGGAUAUUGUUGCGAGUUGUUGCGCAAAGUUUGAAACCGGUCAAACUCUUAGCCCCGUGCAAACGGACGCAACAUUGUUGGCUUACAACUCCCAACACUGUUGGGAGUUGUUGCGCCCGUUUGCUCGUAGCCUUACACUGUAACUGUUCUGCUUAUUUAUUGUAGUCCGAUUAAAAUUAAUAACAUGCUACACCAGCGCAUUUUUUGUCACAAACUUGACGCAACUUGCAUGGUCGAAAGUAACCGUUAAAGUGUAUACAGAUAAAGACAUGGGUCUUAAAGAUUCACUAAGAUUAAUAACAGUAAGGACCGUCAGGCAUUGUCUCCCCUGUAGCUACAGCUAGUUAACUAUCUCAGUCCCACUGGUCAAUUUCAGUGAGGGCCUUGACAUUUUCGGUUUGCCUGUCGUGAAGGCUUCGUAUCUGUCACCAUACGUCUGAUGAUAAUCAGUAUGAAGUUGAAGAAGUUGUAUUAGAUUCCUCUCAGGCACUAGACCUUACUCACGAUGCCUUUCAUUUUCGCACGGGCUUUUAAAAGGACUGAUGGAUGGGACAAAAACGAUUUCACGUGGUUUUUAAGACGGCAAUCAAAUCAAGUAUCAGUCAAUGCAAAGAAAUAGUGGUCGAGUUUGUUUAUCUUAGACAACAGAAAAUGAACAAAACAUGGUUAGGAACUGUGUAGCGCUGAUAAGUUGAUUACUGUAAUCAACAGAAAAUGAAGAACGUUUUAUCUUAACCUAAUUCAGACAGAGGGGCCCUCGCUAAAAAGUUGAAUAACUUCAAAACCGUUCAAGCUAAGACCACCCAUCUUAGCGACUACCUAAAAUUUAUCUGAGAACAUAUAAAGUCGUGGUGACGUGUACGAUAACAUUGAUGUUACCAUGGCAACCGAGUUUUGACAGCCAUGUUUUUCAAAAUUUGCAUUUUCUCUAAAAAUAGGGUUUUUUUCUAUUUUCACUGAUGGGAUUAUUUUAUUUUAUAAAAGCUACUGUAACUGUUAAUGAAAUACAGGCUGUUUAGUGAAUUUAAUAUGACCAAAUGGCAGAUGCUGAGUUUAAUUUUUGACAGUGUUCAUUUCUCUGGGGAUUUUUUAUUUUGCUUUGCUGUUGUUGUUGUCGCCCAAGCAUCCUUUUAUACUCAGAUUACGUUUUCUGUUAAAAAUACCUCGAUUUAUCAGUCGAGAGUUUUAAGUAAAAUGGACUAAAUUUAGAUGAUUCAAAAUCAGCCGGAUUCAAGAUGGCGGAUACUUCCAGUUCCUUUUUAGUAAUAAAUGACGUCAUCAUGAUAUCACUGCUAUUGUUAAAGAUCAUUUAUUUGUUAGCCAACCUCCUUGAUUUAUUCAGAGACCAUACUAUUUAAUAUGCAAUUUAUAACUACUUUGAGGGAAAUUUGAAUUCUGCCAAUAAAUUCAACAAUAUGACGUCAUAAUGACGUCAGAUUAUGUCAUCGUGUCAAUCAGGUUAUGCACAGAAGUUGGAAAUGAUGAUUACAUUAUUGUGUGUAAUUUUUGUGGCCGUAAGAUCAGCGGGGGAUAGAGGGGGCUCCCGAGACCCCCGGCCCCCGGGGCGCAGGAUGCAUAAAAGAGGCCCAGUCUGAAUAGGGUUAAAGACGAUAAUGGCAAAUUAAGGCUGUAAGUGAUCAUUUAUGGUAAUUUUUAGCUCUUUAUAGCACGACAUUUACCAGAAAACCGCCCGAAUAGUUUCCAAACGCGUUUUUUGGCAAAAUUUUAGGGGGCCAAUGGGUUUUAACCGAUCGUAAUAUUGGUUUCAUAAAAUAUACAAAUUCGAUUGCGAUUACUCGUAUUGGCAAAUUUUAUUACUUGCUUGCACAUUGACAUACCGCGUGAUAUUACUUUUAUCCCAUCGACCCUAAAGCGCGUGCAAAGAUGGCGGGUAUCGUGAAUAAGGUCUAUUGGAUAAUUGAACGGUCACAUGUCCACGUCACCAACCAGUGAUCUGGUUAUGAGGUUAAGUUACAGUGAGUGUUCUGAUAGCCGAUUUUUACUCGCAAAUUAUGUUCUCGGGAUAGCAUUUGAAAAAGUUGUUUUCCUGGCAGUUCGUAUCACAAUCGAGAUCACCAAAGGUUCGAAAGAAUUCACUGCCUUCAAUGAACUGUUUGCAAGUUGAAUUUUAAUACAAAUGCCUUUUUCGCAAUACUCCAGAACUCAAUAUAUACACACGCUGAGCUAACAACCAGUUGUUAACUUUCUAAACGAGAUGCUCAAACCAGAAAUAACAAAACUUUUCGGUUAUACCUUACUUAUUAAUAGGAAAAGAGGGAAACUUCAGGAAAUCAAGCAGCGUGAACUCUUUGGGUACACCAUACGAUUAUGGAUCCAUCAUGCACUAUGGAGCGAGGUAUUUCUCUAAGAAUGGCCAGCCUACAAUUGUUCCCAAGAAGGCAGGGGUUAGUAUUCAGUAAUGGAUGGUUUACCGUGUGUGAUUCUUCUUUUUUCGUUUUCAAAUAACUGAUAUUGUUAUCACAUAUUACUAGGUUACCAUUGGAAAUAGGAGAGCUCUCAGUCCCAUUGACAGUCGCCAAAUGAUGUUGCUGUACAAGUGCACUGUAACAUCAAGUAAGUACAAACUGUACCCUACCUUCCGUACUAAGCCUUUUGCUAACACCACUUUCAUGUUUGAUCCUGGAUGAGUGACUUAUCGAAAAUGUAAACAAACAAACUGAGGCGUUUCAAGACUCGAGACUUAAGGGACCUUCAAAUCCUACGACGGCGUCGGGAACGAGAACAUCAAAACGACACUGCACGACUACGACGUAAAAAUGCCCAGUUUCACGUUUUAUGGUGUACGUAAACAAUCAAAAACGAAAUUUUCUUUCUCUCUAUGAAAUUGGAUAAGUCUCUUAGGGAUUCAACUCAAUUGAGAGUUCCUGUACGUUUUAUGAAGUAAGUGAUUUGGAAUAAUCGCGAUGAAGAUUGUAAAUCCACGAAUUCACUUUUUAAGCGACGUUUUCGCUGCCGUCGCCGUCCUCGGGCUAAUUACCUAUGCUUUUUUCCCUAAAUAGUUCUUUUUGGUUACGCUAAAACGUCGAUUAACGGCAAGAACACACCUCAGGCUUCAAAUAUCAGUUUUAAACAAAUUCUAAACAAUUAUUAGAUGAGGUUUCUGUGAUCAUACCGAAUAAUCAAGGUGGAGACAGGUGUUCGGCCUCGGCUAACACUUACCGAGACCUUCAUUAUUCCGGAGGAUCACAAAAACCGAAUCUAAUGAUUGUUUUAUAAUCAUUCAUUGUUUUUAGGGGAAAAAAACGACAAACUCACCAUCGCACGGAACACGGUUUGACGUUGCUAAUGGAAAUAAUGCAUCGCGCGCGCAGCUUAAAGAAUAGUGAUCACUUAAUAUGUGCUAGCAGAUAACUAACUAAUCUGUAGGUUGCUCUGAUUUCCAGAAAUAACUGUAGGCUCUUAACCAAUGAGAGGACAGGUAGCGAGUACAAUGCAUAUGUAUAGUAAAUUAAAUGAACAUGCUCUCAUUUUUCAACAGCCGCCGCUCCUCCAACAACACGUCCUCCACCAACACGUCCUCCAACAACGUUGCCUACGGGAUGUGAGUAUUCCAAUAUCACUCUUUGUCGUUUUAUAUCAGGGUAUUUUAUUGCUUACUUUAGAUCGUGUUAGGGAAUUCCUAAUUAAGAUCUCACAUGAUACUGAGCUUGUUCCAUUCCAUGUCUCCUGGAUGCUUUAUUUAUUUCCAAAGAGACAAAUGACGUUACGUCAUUUUGUAAGAGGCAAUAACCAAAUAGAGAGGUGAAGCAUCACGUUUACGUCAAACGGUAAACGCGAAUUUGUACCACGUGACCAAGACUCCUCUUUAUUUGUCGUUUACAGUUCAUUAGUUCUACUCAUUAAUUAGUAGUUUCAAGCAAUUUUUUAUCCAUAAGAAUUGUUUUGAGAUGUUUUUUAUCUCCUCAUUUUCCCCUUUGAGAAAUUUUCAACUUGAAUCUGACGUUUGCCGUUUGCCGUAUACGUGAAGCUUUAACUCUCUAAUAACUGAUUCGGUCGAAAAUAAAAGGCGUUAACGAAAAGUGAAAGUUGAAAGGGGCAAACUCUUUGGCGGGAGCAGGCAUUGAUAGAUUGUGCUAGCAUAAUUUCUGGCACGGGAAUAAUUUUCACGCAUUUCCCGUAAAAAGCGCUGCUGACAUAAUUUGCACCUUUGGCACGGUUUUGCAGCAUCAAAUUGUCAUUAUUGACCAUGCAACCAAUUUUUGUAACGCGAAAUAAGUCUUACGGGCAAAUUUAAGAAACAAAAUCAAUAUUGUGUCUGUUUAUUGUCGCAUUCAUGGGACCUGGGUCCCACAGGAAGUGAUCGACGACCUUUCCACAGGAGUCAACGCAAGCGCAUUACUGAAAUAGCUCGGUUACCCAAGAUGGCGUCCGUGCGCUGGUUUUUGUUUGAAUUUUACAGUUUAUUUUCAGAGAAUCGAUUUCUAGAUGAAAAUAGGUUAAAUGUGUGUACCAUUUACAUGUUUUUUGCAUAGUUAUUUACUGGCUAUUGGUCUAAUUUCUGCAUAUUUUGGUAAAAUGAGCAUAAUUUACAAAAACAUGAAUAACUAGUUAUUGGCAUAUUUUUAGGAACGUAAUAUAUACGAGCACUGCAAGUCGCAUAUUAUGCUAAUUUUUCGAGCACAAUCUAUCAAAGUCUAGGCGUGAAACGAAUUCCAGUGUUAAUUGACAUUUGCUGUAACUACGACUAGUUUAGGAGACCAAAAACAAAAUUGAUAGACAAUGUUAAUUAGGAUUAGAUGAACAUAAUGGGCUUGCUUCACUGGAGCAAGCUCGUUUGAGAUGGAUGGGGACCAGGAGAGAAGAUCUACGAAAUCGACCAGCUUUGAAUGAUGAGGAAUACUUUGUGUAGAAGAUGAUGAAUAUUUGUGUAAAAAUACUACAAUUCCUGAUUUUUUUUACCUGAUUUUAAAGCUUUUGCAAGACUUAAAUCGAAAAUUUGAGGGUUUUUUCAAGUUUCUAAGGCUUUGCAGUAUACAUGUAUAUUUGAGUAUACAUCAAAUGGUCGCUGUGUCAGCAUGAUUUCUUUAUUUAGCGUGAAACGGCACUUAAAUAUCUUGUCACAAGGCAUUUUGAUGUAAUCAUUCAUAACCGUUUACUUAAUGACAGUCUCUAAGCAUUUUUGCAAAAAAAAAUGAAAAGAGAAGCUAAAAAGGAAUAGCAGAAGUAUCAAAAAAGGUUAUUCUGUAAAAUGCAAGCCGCGUUUAGAAUAAAAUUGUCAACUUUUUACGGUUGCGUGCUUCCCUUUUUUUCAGCUUUUAAAUGCAAUUUUGAAGCAAGUUUCUGCGGAUUCAUACAAGCGAAGGACGAUAAAUUUGACUGGACCAGACGAACAGGAAGAACACCGUCCAGCAAUACUGGACCAAGUGGUGCACAGGAAGGAAGUAAUGCGAAAACAGAUACUUUUUGUACUGAUUUUCUGCCAUAUAUAUAUUUAUAAAAUAACUAAGAUAGUACGCGCGCUCUGAUUGGCCGACAGGAGUGUUUGCAUGAGAGUAUGUAAACACGGUUGUGGCGUCAAGUUGUUUGGUUUUUCGCGCGCUAAUCACGCAAGCACAAAUUUGAAAAAGUUUUCGAGUUCAAAACUCAAAAAGUUUACUUUAUUUACCCAUUCCUUCGUCGGCUGAAACUUCGAAAAUCGUUACAAAGAAGGUGUGUACAUUUUUCUUCGCUUAAGAUGACCGUUUUAAGCGAGAAAAAUCCGUAUUUUGCAAAGCAUCUUUUUGCAAAACAAAAACUGAUUACGCGUGCAAGACUUCGUGGACAAGAUUUUGCGACUGGUAAGAAUUUCUCUUUUAAUCAGCAGUCCCAUACAAAGAGUUUUGCGUUUUUUUCUCGGGAAAGUUAUUUUAUAAAAGCAAUAGAAAACUUUUUUCCUGUGUUUGCAUAGCCUGAUAUAAACACUCGAGGCGUUUGGAGAAUUCUCAACAGUUAUGCAAACCCUCGACUUCGUCUUGGGUUUGCGUAACUGUCUCGAAUUCUCCCAACCCCUUCUCGUGUUUAUAUCAGGCUAUGCAAACACGGAAAACGUUUUCUAUUGCUUGAUUACAAUAUACAUACUAAUGACGAAGAACUAUACGAGAUUAUAUCAAUUCCCCGAAAAGAUUCAACCGUUUCAAUUUUAUUUCUAAAAAAUAAUACCAGCUAGGAAGCCGUUUUAUUUGUAAUCUCCAGUUUUUCUAUCUGCCUCAUAUUGUUUUCCUUUUUUUGCCGAGUUACCAUAUUAGUAGACGGCUGAUUUUGAGUUUUUCGCACAAGUGAUGUAAAAACUAUGCAAUUUCAAAAUGGUUUAGAUUUUAAAAAGGUCUAUGUGUACCAUAACUCGAACGAAAGAGGAAACCAAAUAAUACUGAUAUUGGUGGUCAAUUUAACUGAUCUGAUCAAUAUUAGAUCCGAUUUGGCAUUAUAUUACUAACUGGUUUCGUACCGCACAACAUGUGCGGCACUGCUCGAUCAGAUAAAACUGGUGGUUAUAUAGUUUUCAUUUAACCAGCGUUCGUAUUAUUUUCUUGUUCGAAAGGUGAAUAUAGGACCUUUUAUUGGCAGCUCUUUAAUAGCCAUUUUGACCUUAUGCAAAAAUUAUUGGAAACUACUGUAAAAAACGCUAGAAUAUAAAAGUAGCAUUGGGAUGAGUUAAUUUGAGGUAAAUGGCCCAAAAGGCUAUCAAUUCUAUGAGUAGUGGUUUUAUAUGAGUUUUAUAUAUAAGGAGAGAGGGUUGUCCUCUCUUGGUUUAAUGAGAUCUCAAACGGCCACAAAUUCUCUCUGUUAGAAGUAAAAAAAACCUUAAAAAUUGGCAAACCCACUAAAAUAAUUUCAUUUAUACCGCUUUUUAUUUGUAAUGCUUAAAAGUGCUCUCAAUCCAUAUCUUGCACAUUUUCUGCAGAGUAUUAUGCCUACAUCGAGACAUCAAGUCCAAGGAGAGUUGGUGACAACGCCAAAAUUUCCCGGAUGGUUACCCUGUCAGGGAAGUCUUGUCUGAGGUUCUACUACCACAUGUAUGGAUCCGGAAUGGGCACUCUGAGAGUUAAACUAUGCGAUGCUGUGAUUUUUGAGAAAACGGGAGAUCAGGGAAACCAGUGGAAAAUGCAAACAAUUCGUCGCCUUCAAGGAUCGGGUUCUAAGGAGGUA